AUGGAGGCGAAUAUGAAGAUCUCAAAAGCUGAAGAUGAACGAGAGAUAGAUACUGCAGAGUUCAGAAGAAUCAUACGAUGUUUGAGGUAUCUGCUUCACACAAGACCCGACUUAUGUUACACAGUUGGUGUUCUUAGUACCUACAUGCACAAUUUGAGAAACUCUCACGGACAAGCCAUCAAACACAUAUUGUGGCAUGUGAAAGGAGCAACAAACUUUAGUUUGUUCUUCAAGAGAGAUGGGUCAAAGAGUAUCGUUGGUUAUAGUGACAUCAGUCACAACAUUGAUCUCGAUGCCGGGAGGACCAUGUCAGGACAUGUAUUCUACUACGGCUCAUCACUGAUCACUUGGAUGUCGCAGAAGCAGCAGACGGUUGCAUUGUCAUCAUGCGAAGCAGAGUUCAUGGCAGCAACAUAA